GUCUGAAAGGUGUGCGGGUCGCGGUAUGCGAGGAGGCGAGCAACUCCGACACUCUGAACGAGGCUGCCCUCAAGAAGCUGGUGGGGACGGAGGUCAUCACGAGCAGAGAACUGUACAAGGCAUUCGUCACGUUCGAGACGACCCAGCUGCACAUACUGUGCACGAACGAACUUCCCGCACCCGAGAGCAGCUGGACGAUCGCCCUGCAGCGACGGAUCACGAUGGCCUACUUCAUGAAGAGGUACUUCGCCUCGAUCGAGGAUGGCUACGACCCAGACAACCCACUGCACGGCAGGGCUGAUCCCACGCUGAUGACGAAGUUGUCCGACCCCGUCAACCAAGCGGCGUGCUUGGUCUUCCUGGUUCAAGGGGCUGUCAGCUACUUCCGAGACGGCCAAAAGCUGCUGGAGAUGCCAUCCAGGAGCCGCGAUAUCAUGAACAGCUACCAGCUCUCGACGGACCCAUUCUUAGCCUUCCUCGACAACAGCUGUGUUGUCGGAGACUUCUUCGUGGGAUCCAGGGAGCUCCUGGACGAGUACAACAACGGAAACAGGAAGGUCGAUGGCAAAGAGGUCGGACGCCUCGUGAAGAUUGAUGCCAGCCAGUUGAAGCGAAUGAUGCAGCUGAGGGGGUUUGAGGAGCCCAACAAGGCGCGGUGCCUCGGAUUUCCGGAGUUCGGCUCGACCAGAGGUUACAAAGGUCUCAGGCUUAAGACGGACGGCGAAUUAGAAGACGAUGCAGAGUAG